GGACAAUCCCUAAUGAGACGUUCCAGCUGCUUACUGUGGACUCAAUCCCUCCCACAUUACUUCUAGCAAAUAUCUCAGUUCUCUUUCUGUGGAAGCAGCAAAGAAGCAGUACGCCCAGCACAUCACUUCUCGUUGGUGGGUUCUGAACUACGAAGAUGAAACUGCUUCUCUUACUCUCCGUCAUCUGCCUGAUGGCCACUGUCAGCUUCAGUCAGCCUCCUGGUCCUCCUGGUCCUCCUGGUGAAAAAGGCGAAAAAGGAGACCGAGGAUCUCCUGGGUUUCCUGGGAUCAUGGGACCAACUGGACGAGUUGGUCUUCCUGGGUUACCAGGGGAUAAAGGGGAUCGAGGAUUUCCUGGGAUGCCUGGAUUUCCUGGAGCUGAUGGAACAUGCUCUGCUACUGAGACGAACUGCCCAGAUCUCAGAGCCUUGAAGGACAGACUUGCCAAGCUAGAGCUCGCCAUAAAUUAUCACUUUGUCCGGAAAGUUGGUCAGAAAUACUUUGUGUCCAACAAGGAGAGAGGCUCUUUCUCCAGGGCUGUCGAAUUCUGCUCCCAACAACACUUAGAGCUGGCUUUGCCCCAGAACGAGGAGGAGAACAACGCACUGACUCAAGUGUUUGGCGAUGUUUACAAGGCAGCUUGGAUCAGUGUCAACAACAAAAAGGCAGAGGGGAAUUUUGAGGUGGAUAUGAAAAACCAACGUCUGACCUUCACCAAGUGGGGUGAAGGACAGCCAGACAAAUCCAUCCAAGAUACAGGCUGCACCAUGCUGUCAGAAAACGGCAUCUGGCGAGUUACACCAGAAUGCUCCAUCAACGCUUACAUCAUUUGUCAGUUAUAGAAAGUUCACAGUUCCUUGCAAAUCUCGCUUUGAGGGAUUUUCUUUCCCCAUGUUAUGUUUAUCUCAACUUUUCAUGAAGUGAAUUAACACAUAACUUUCUUAAAUAAUGAUAAAUGACAUCCUACCCUGUGUAUGUUGUUUGUUUUUUUUUACCAGUUUAUUAAUGACCUAGCAAGACAACUUAGGAAACAAGACCUUGAUUAAGUUUAUUAAUAAUUUUUAAAAUAUUACUACUGCUGACAAAACAUAUUUAGAGUUUUCAUCUCUCUUUUAUGUAAAUGCCAGAUGGUAUAUGUGUACAUGCUUUAAAUAUAAAAAUUACACAAUAAAAACAACACUGCAGAAGUG